CGACAGCAGAUUAUGACACGCCGCUAGAACACCUACUAAAUGUAAAAACGCAAAAUGCUAAUAAAAGUUAGCAUGAAAUAUUUCACUUUAGUUCUGUUGGGCUUAACCUUGUCCACGCAGUUUAGCGUGCAGGGAGAGGACGAAAAUGAAACCAUUAACUACAGAUUGCCCGACAGCAUAAAUCCGAUCCACUAUGAUCUUUAUCUGCAUCCAGAUAUCGAGACGGGUUACUUCUCGGGUCAAGUGCUCAUUCAAGUAAACACGGUGACAACCAUCACGGAAAUUGUGCUGCAUUCAAACAACCUGGUGAUCGACAAUGUUUAUUUGACGAAUACGAACAAUCCCACUGUAUAUGUAAAGAGUUAUUCGUUGGAUUCGGUGCGUGAAUUUUUGGUGAUCGAAUUGAGUGAGGAGUUGGCGGCUGGGCUCACCUUUCAGGUUGGCAUAUUGUUUGGGGGCAGUAUGGCUGGUAAAAUUGUUGGACUCUAUAGUUCAUCGUAUGUUAAGGCGGAUAAUACGAGGAAAGUCAUAGCCACUUCAAAGUUUGAACCAACAUAUGCACGUCAAGCUUUCCCUUGCUUUGAUGAACCCGCGAAGAAGGCAACUUUUACCGUGACAUUGGUCACUCCCUCAGAGGGAGGCUACCAUGCGCUCUCAAAUAUGGAUAUUCUGAAUGAGUCUUACCAGGGCAAAUAUACAGAGGUUUACUUUAAUAGGAGCGUACCGAUGAGCACAUACCUGGCCUGUUUCAUUAUUUCGGAUUUUACAUAUAAAUCGGCGGUUAUCGAUACUAACAAUAUUGGCCUGCCUUUUACCUUGCGCGUUUUUACGACACCUGAACAAAUUGAUAAAGUCGAUUUCGCGCUAGAAGUUGGCAAAGGAGUUAUGGAAUUCUAUAUACAAUAUUUCAAAAUUGAGUAUCCAUUGCCAAAAAUGGAUAUGAUCGCUAUACCGGACUUUGUAUCCGGCGCUAUGGAACAUUGGGGCCUAGUGACUUAUCGGCAGACCGCCUUGUUAUACAAUGAAAAUCACAGCUCGUCGGCGAAUAGACAAAGUGUGGCACAAGUUAUUGCACACGAGUUCUCUCAUAUGUGGUUCGGUAAUUUGGUUACAAUGCAGUGGUGGAACGAUUUAUGGCUAAACGAGGGUUUCGCUAGAUAUAUGGAAAACAAAGGCAUAAAUGCCGUUUAUCCCGAGUGGCAAAUGCUUGAUCAAUUUAUUGUGGCACGUCUACAUGAUGUUCUUAUACUGGAUGCGACUUUAGGUUCGCAUCCAAUCGUACAAACUGUUGAGAGUCCCGCUCAGAUAACGGAAAUAUUUGAUUUGAUCACAUAUGGCAAAGGUGCUUCGAUAAUACGCAUGUUAGAAGAUUUUAUUGGCCCUGAUAAUUUCCAGAAAGCUGUCACAAAUUAUUUGGACGCAUUUAAGUUUAAGAAUGCUGAGACCGAAGAUUUCUUAGAUGAAGUUCAAAAAUUGAUUACCGACCUUGAUGUGAAAUCAAUUUUGAAAACUUGGACGGUGCAAAUGGGUUUCCCUGUUGUUAAUGUUGAGCAGGUGUCAACAACGCAAUAUCGCCUGACUCAAAAACGUUUCUUUUCAAAUCCCAACGAUUACAAUUCGCUAUACAAUGAUUCGCCAUACAAUUAUACUUGGUCAAUACCGAUCACUAUAUUAGUAAAUGAUCUCCCAGUUCAGCGUGAUUGGUUUUUACACAAUUCCGCAUAUCUUGAUAUAAACCUUAAUACGCCGGCGCAAUGGAUCAAGUUCAAUUACGAUCAGAUGGGCUUGUAUCGUGUUAAUUAUCCAGAUGAUAUGUGGAAAAAUUUAGCUAAUGAAUUGGUAUCCGAUCCAUUGACUUUUAGCAGAGGCGAUCGUGCUAAUCUACUAAAUGAUGCCUUCUCAUUAGCCGAUGCCACACAGCUAUCUUACGAUAUAGCGCUUGAUUUGACCAAAUACUUGGUUAAUGAGAAGGAUUAUGUACCGUGGAGUGUGGUGACGACAAAACUACAAACACUAAAGCGUGCGCUUUUGUACACGGAAACCUAUAUAACUUUCAAAGAGUAUGCGCGUCAAUUAAUAACGCCGAUCUAUGCAGAACUGGGCUGGGAGAUGGGCGACGACCAUCUGGAAAAUCGUUUUCGCUUAAUGGUGAUCAAUACGGCCUGUUCUCUUGGGAUCGAAACGUGUUUACAAGAGGCGGGAGUACACUUUAAAGAAUGGCUUGCGAGUCCAAGCGUACGACCACAUCCAGAUUUACGUGAAAGCAUCUACUACUAUGGUAUGAUGACGGUUGGAGAUGAAAGUUUAUGGGAUGCUAUGUGUGAGCUUUUCCUCGCCGAAGAGGAUGCUACUGAAAAGUUGAAACUAAUGAAUGGUCUAUCGGCGGUGCAGGUGCCUUGGAUCUUAAGCGCUUAUAUUCGUCUCGGUUGGUCCGAAGAAAAUGUGCGCGGUCAAGAUUAUUUUAAUUUCUUGACCAAUAUAGCAGGCAAUCCAGUUGGUGAGCCGCUUGUCUGGAGCUUUGUGCGUGAGGAAUGGCCCACAUUGGUGGAGCGUUUCGGUAUUAAUGAGCGCACUUUGGGUAAUCUAAUACCAUCAAUUACCGCCGGGUUCGAUACGCAAACCAAAUUGGAAGAUAUGGCAUAUUUCUUUGCUAAAUACCCAGAGGCGGGUGCAGGCGCUGCGGCGCGUGUGCGUGCCCAGGAGACUGUUAAGAACAAUAUUGAAUGGCUAAAGAAUAACGAGAAAGUUAUUGCCAAUUGGCUGGAGAAGAACUUAUCGUAAAUGUGCUAACGACGAACGAACGAAAUUGUGGUAACGAACGACGAAAUGUAUUUUAAAACUUUGCGAUUGUUAAAGUUGUUUGUUAUUAAUAGACAUUUUCGUAUAAAAGUUGUAAAGUUUUUUAUUUUAAUUUUAAACGUUUUUUAUUCGAAUGAAAACUUUGUUGUGGCACAUUUCAUUCAAAUCAAUAGCCAUCAGUUUUCUAACACAACAUUAAGGUACGCUUCAGAUUAGGAUUUCCAAUCAUAAGAUUUGAAAAAGAUUUAAUGGUCUUCUAAUAUCUAGGAACUGAAUUGAUUGAAU